CGGCUGGCGGAGUAAAACCUGCUUCAACAUCAUGCCGAUGACUCCUCGGUUUCCCUCCCGGGAACACCUCUUUUCCGUGUAUUUCUCAGCUGUUCUCGAGUUUGUAAAGUAAAGGGCGCUUUUUGCUUCCCCGUCGCCAUGGGAGGAAGACGCAGGGGCGCGGACUUCACCUUUAUUAGUCCAUUCGUGAAGUACCUGCUCUUCUUUUUUAACUUCCUAUUCUGGGUAAUCUCGCUGCUAAUGGUGUCAAUAGGUGUAUACUCCCGCACGGUGAAGCAUGCAGAGGCAGCGCUGGCGUAUCUGUCAGUGGAUCCCGCCAUCAUGCUGCUGACCGUGGGGGUCCUCAUGUUCGCCAUCACCUUCUGUGGCUGUGUGGGCUCCCUGAGAGAAAACAUCUGUCUUUUGCAGACUUUCUGCGUCUGCCUGACGGUGAUCUUCCUCCUGCAGCUGGCUGCUGGCAUCCUGGGCUUCGUCUUCUCAGAUAAGGCGAGACAUAAAGUCACUGAGAUAAUCGACAGUUCCAUCGUCCACUACAGAGACGACCUUGAUCUGCAGAACCUUAUUGAUUUUGGCCAAAAAGAGUUUGAGUGCUGCGGUGGUGUGACGUACACCGACUGGUCCCAGAACGUGUACUUCAACUGCAGCAAGGACAACCCCAGCAGGGAGCGCUGUUCUGUCCCUUUCUCCUGCUGCAUCUCAGCCGGAGACAAGGUGGUAAUCAACACCAUGUGUGGUCAGGACAUGCAGGAGUUGGAGUACGCCAAAGCCGGAGACUACAUCCACAGCGAUGGCUGCAUAGACAAAAUGGUCAAUUGGAUCCACAGCAACCUGUUCUUACUGGGAGGCAUUGCACUGGGACUGGCAAUACCACAGCUGGUGGGCAUCGUUUUGUCUCAAAGUCUGAUAAAUCAGAUUAAAGACCAAGUGGAGCUGCAGAACUACAACCUCAGGCACCGUGUGGACCCCUGGAGCUGAUCCAGGACCAAAUUCUGAUGAAUGGCGCCAGCUGGAUUUCAGUACAGGUCCAUGCAGUUGGUAUUGGGACACUUUCAAAUCACAUGUACAGAAGGACAGCAGCAUUUUCAAAACUCCACUGACACCUUCUGGACAGUUACUUUUAUUUUUUUAUAUUUCGUCACAGAUCUCGAUAAGGAAACAGUGUACUGUAUCCAUCCUGCAACAAGUCGACUGAAAAGGGAAUGUGGAGUAUUGAUUACAUUUGACUUCCAAUUCUGAAAAACUGAGGCAGAAUUGGUUUUGUAUAUUUAGUAAAGACACUUGUUGUAAUUGCAGCAAUUUUCAAUUUUUAAAGUUUCUGAAAUUGACUUUUCAUAACGGAUCAUUUUAACUCCUACUUCUGUCAUAUUUAUUCCACAAUAUAUGAAUAUUUUAACUUUGCGCUCGAUAGGUCACUUCAGGGCAGACACUUUCCCAAGCGUGUGUUGCUCUGGUCUCCUCAGAGUGUCUUACGGCUGUUACAGAGUUAAAGGAGUUUUAAACGUCACAACAAACUGUCUGUCACUGUGGCUGAACAAAAUUCAAACAGCAGUGCAGAAAAUACACUGAUGUAUUUUAUUAAAUACAGCAUGUAAUAUAAAAUGUUUCCGUAAUAUUUCCUGUUUUUUUGUUGUUGUUGUUUGUUUUGUCUUUUGUUAAUCUUUGAACAAUUUCUCAUGGAAUUUGGUGUUUCUAAAUUAUUAUUAUUAUUUUAAUUUUUAAUUUUUUUGGCCCAGUUCUGCCUACUGAUGCAUUGUUUUCUGCUUUGAUAUUGAUUCUAAUGAAAUGUUUUGUUUUAUACUGUUUUGGUACACUGUUUUCUUGUGUGCUUGUAUGUAUAUUUUCUAAAGCGUCUCUUAAAAAUGAGGAAUUACUUGCAUCUUCAUUUUAUUUUAUGGAAAG